CAUCCCGUCGUCUGUCUGUGCUCUGUAGCAGUACUCCCUUAGCCUUAAGCCGGACCAACGACAGUGAAGCCCGAGAGUUGGCCCCCCUGAAGACCGUCUCAGUCCUAGUCAUCACUGGCGUUGACGUGACACAUUGAUCCGAGAGCCUUCGAUUGUGGGUGUACAUAGGGCGUACUAAGGUGUGUUGAGGAUCUACCCCUGCCUAAUCCCGGAUUCAUCAUGGGUCUGACGAUUAGUAGUGUGUUUUCUCGACUCUUCGGGAAGAAGCAGAUGCGGAUUCUCAUGGUGGGAUUGGACGCCGCUGGCAAGACUACUAUCCUGUACAAGCUCAAAUUGGGCGAGAUCGUCACCACCAUCCCCACCAUUGGAUUCAACGUGGAGACGGUCGAGUACAAGAACAUUUGUUUCACGGUUUGGGAUGUGGGUGGUCAGGACAAGAUCCGCCCUUUGUGGCGCCAUUAUUUCCAAAACACGCAGGGGCUAAUAUUCGUGGUGGACUCGAAUGAUCGCGAGCGAAUCGGUGAGGCCCAAGAGGAACUCCAAAAGAUGCUCCAAGAGGAUGAGUUGCGUGAUGCUCAUCUGCUCGUGUUCGCCAACAAACAGGAUCUACCCAAUGCCAUGAGUGCCAGUGAGCUGACCGAUAAACUUGGACUACAAAACCUACGGAAUCGGAAGUGGUAUAUUCAAGCCACGUGUGCCACGCAAGGUCACGGUUUGUACGAGGGACUCGAUUGGUUGUCCCAGGAGUUGUCCAAGUCGUAAAAUCGGCCACGGCGAAUACCGGGCUUUUCCUGGAAGCCACUCGUUUACCUUUGUGAUGAUGAAAUUGUUGACUUCGUAUGACUGCGCACGUGGAAUGACGCCCUAAACCAUGAUGAUCCGACCCUUGACCCCGCCUUCUUUUUGCUCUUCUGACGAUCGAAAAUUCACCCUGUGUCCAAGUGUGUGUGCGUGUGCUUGUCCUCACCCCAUUCCUGAGCCUGGUCCAAUUUUUCGAGGGAAACCUCCGUGUGGACCCCACGACGACAUGAGGUCUACUUGAAUUGUUAUGAAAGUGAUGAUUACGCCUCGAUCCUAAAUUAUUGUACCGUGACACCCCUUGUCUGUUGAUCGAACGUACUUGGCAAGGCUUUGAAUAGUAUUUUUCAGACUAUUAGGGUAACACAGAUUAUACGGUUUUCCACAAUUUUCUUAA